AUGGAAAAUACUCGGGUGUUUGUCAGUGGGCUUCCACCCACUCUCUCCAACGAUCAACUUCGAAGCCAUUUCUCAACACGCUUCGAAGUUACAGAUGCCCAUGUUUUGCCUAAACGCCGCAUGGGCUUCGUCGGCUUCAAAAGCCAUGAGACAGCUCAAGAGGCCGUGAAGUACUUUAACAGAACCUUCUUAAAGAUGUCUAAGAUCACGGUAGAUAUUGCUCGACCGAUUGAUUCCAAGCCCGACCAUCCCACGCGGAACCGUGAUGCGGACAACUCUGCGGAGGGUGCCAUAAAAAAGCGCAAGAGGGAUAUGGAAAAGGCUCAAGACCCUAAGCUGAAAGAGUACAUGUCUCUGAUGCAAACCGGGAAGACCCGAACAUGGGCGAAUGAUGAUACAAUGGCUGCGCCAUCUGCGGAUUACAAACCGGUCAUUAACCACCAAAUCCAAGACAACACUGUUGCGGAUGAAGUGCCUUCCCAGCCCAAGAAAGCCCGGAUCCAAGAGCCCUUGCCCGUCGUUAGUACUGAGGAAUCUGAACCUGAACCAAUGGUCGUUGACCACAGUGAAGAAGUUCAGAUGGAGGAAACUCCAACUGAAGAAGAGCAAGGCAAAGAAGAGGCUGCUGCCCCUACAUCUGAUAUGGACUGGCUGCGGUCAAAAACAAGUCGUCUGUUAGGUCUUCUGGACGAGGAUGAGCAGGCCGAGUUUGAAGAGCGCAAAGUUGAAGAGCCGGUCAAGUCUCGGAGUCCUCCCAAGGAUGAAUCCCGUAGUGCGGCCAUUGGAAAGAUUGCAUCUCAGCCUUCACCUUCCCCUCAGCCCGAGACUAACAUUGAUGAGACAGUCGCUGAACCAGCAGAAGAAGAGGAAGAGGAGGAAUCAAGCGAAAUCACUCCUGAGCAGGCCAGAAACAUUGAGCUUAUUCGCGAUUCUGCUCGUCUGUUCUUGAGAAAUCUGUCCUAUGAUUUGAAAGAGGCGGACCUUCAUCCUCUCUUUUCUCCAUUUGGCAAAACUGAAGAGAUUCACGUGGCUUUUGACACUCGCACCGAGACCAGCAAGGGCUUUGCGUAUGUGCAGUAUCAUGAUGCUGAUGCUGCCAUCGAUGCCUACAAGACCCUCGAUGGAAAACAUUUCCAGGGUCGUAUUCUGCAUCUUCUCCCAGCUGCCGCCAAGAAGAGUUACAAGAUUGACGAAUAUGAGCUGUCCAAGCUUCCUUUGAAGAAGCAAAAGCAGAUCAAGCGUAAAAUGGAAUCCGGUUCUUCCUCAUUCAGCUGGAAUUCUUUGUACAUGAACACUGAUGCCGUAAUGUCCUCUGUGGCUGAAAGACUCGGCGUUUCCAAGGCCGAGCUGUUGGAUCCCACUUCGUCUGAAGCGGCUGUCAAGCAGGCACAUGCUGAGACGCAUGUUAUCCAGGAGACAAAGGCUUACUUUGCCUCUAACGGAGUAAACAUUGAUGCUUUCAAGGAACGUGAGAGAGGAAACACUGCUAUUUUGGUGAAGAACUUUUCGUAUGGUGUCAAGACCAGUGAUCUCAGGUCGCUGUUUGAACCCUAUGGCACAAUCAUUCGACUACUGAUGCCACCCAGCGGCACUAUCGCGAUUGUGGAGUUUGGAAGGCCUGAUGAAGCCCAGAAGGCGUUCAAGGGUCUUGCUUACCGCAAGGUAGGCGAUUCAAUUCUGUUCUUGGAAAAGGCUCCGAAGAACUUGUUCGAUGGCACAGUCAGCCAGGUUGCUGCUCCAGAGCCGCAGGGCAAGAGCCAGGGAUUCUCUACCUCCGAUACUUUUGCCGCAGACGAGGUUGAAGGAAAUACUGUCACAUCAACUCUGUUCGUCAAGAACUUGAGCUUCUCGACCACCAACCAAGGAUUCUUGGAGGUCUUCAAGCCAUUGGAAGGCUUUGUCACCGGACGCAUCAAGACCAAGCCCGAUCCAAAGAAGCCUGGCCAAACACUCAGCAUGGGUUUCGGUUUUGCAGAGUUCAGAACCAAGGCCCAGGCCCAAGCGGCGCUUGCAGCCAUGGAUGGUUACAAAUUGGAUGGACACGAUCUUGUCAUCCGCGCCUCCCACAAGGGCAUGGAUGCUGCGGAGGAGCGGAGACGGGAAGAUACCGCCAAGAAGGUUGCAGCGAGACGCACAAAGAUCAUCAUCAAGAACUUGCCGUUCCAGGCAACCAAGAAGGAAAUCCGUUCCCUGUUUGGUGCCUACGGUCAGUUGCGUUCAGUCCGCGUACCUCAAAAGUUCGAUCGGACAGCUCGUGGUUUCGGUUUCGCGGAUUUCAUCAGUGCUCGGGAGGCGGAAAAUGCCAUGGAUGCGUUGAAAAACACCCAUCUUUUGGGCCGUCGCUUGGUGCUGGAAUUCGUGAACGAAGAGGCUGUCGAUGCCGAAGAGGAGAUCGCAAAGAUCGAGAAGAAGAUGGGCCAACAGGCGGACAGGAUCAAGGUCCAACAGCUUACGGGCGGGGGUCGCAAAAAGUUCACUGUAGGGGCCCAGGAGGACGACGAAGCAUGA